CCUAACAAGACAAAUAUAACAAUCAACGCACUACAACACACUCCAUGAAAGGAACCGGCCGCAAAUCAUCAUGUAUUUGACUGUGGAACCUGGUGAAUGAAUGCACUCUUGUAGUGAGUGUUAUGCAAAGACUAAAUCACACCUGGCGGCAGCAAAAACCGCUUGUCCAUAAUGUUCAGAGUGAUGAGAAGGACUCUGCUCUACGGACGGGUAUUCAGCAUCGUAACCAGGGCAAACGUCGUUUGGGAAGAUUUGCGAUAUCAUCAGCACCUGUCAUUGUUAAAACUGCUAACCACAAGAUUCCCUCUCCUGUUGGCUCCAGCAGUAAUACACAUGCAUCCGCAGAACCCCAGCAAGUUGUCAGUGAAAAUGGUGAGCAAGGAGACAUUCCACCAUCUUUCUUGUCAUCUUUCUCUGCCUCGAUGGAUAGUGACUUUCUCAAGGCUGUGGAGAAGAUGGAAGCUGCAAUGGAUGACGAAGUGGGUGCCAAUAAAAUUGAUGAUGGUUCAUGUCUCAGUACACUCAACAGGACCUCUCCAGAAGAUGAUCUGGAUAACAAAAGGGAUACAUGUACCAAUAAAUUUAUAGAAAGAACAGCCAACAAAAGUGUACAUCCAACUGUUGAAUUGAAGGGUGGAGGAAAAAGAAAACUGCUGAAAGAUUCAACCUCAUCUAUUUAUCAAAAUAAAAUGGAAUUGUUGAAGCAUGGAGAAGCAAAAGCAAGUUUUAGUCCAUCAUGCAGUCCUCUAGACAAAAAGCCAAGGCGUAGAACCAGAAAUCCAACUACUGUUAGUGAAAAAGGAAACUUAUGUCAAAGUAUAACGCACAAUACAGUUGCUGCUCACAACCUACCGGCCUCUUCAGGAAAGACCUGUGGAUUGGAUGAUAGUAUUGACUGUUCAGAAAUUAGCUUUUCUCCUUUACUAUCCACACCUGGGAACUUGUCCAAUAUAAGUAUUGAUGAUACUUCUCCUCUUGAGACGCCAAAGUCGAGGAGGAAUUUAUCUGCACUUUCUUGGAAAAAACUUGUAAUUGAAGAAAAACAUCACAAAGAAAAUUCACAGGCUAAAAAAUCAUCCUCAAGACUAAAUAAGUCCUCAAAAGGUUCUUCUACAAAGGCCACACUUAAAAAGAGGCGGAGUCCCAGUCAGAUCUUCUCCUCGGAUCUUGCUAUAACCAAGAGAGAUCAGAAAGUACUCGAAGUUGGGCAAAACUCUGAGGAAAAAAGUUUGUUGAUGAAAACUGGUGGAGAAAUAAAAUCCGCAGCAUCACAAAAACCAAGGAAAUCUCCUCGGAGUUCAGGAGAAAUCAGCAAAUUGAACAAAAGGGUUGACUUGAAGCUAAGAAAUAAAUCCAAGAUUGAUGGAGGAAAAGAAAAUUUUGAUCAUAUGGCUGUGCUCAGUGAAAGUGAAAAUGUCAUCAGGGUUGGAGCUAGUGUAGGAGGUAAAUCAGAACUCUUAAACACUCUCAGUACUUUGAACUCUGACUUCAGUCAUGCCAGAGAGCCUGGAAAGCAACAGAAUUUGGGAAAUGAGGCAUCACCUACUUCAGCUAACGCGUCCACCAGUGUUCGAGCCAAUGCAAGUCUGACAGAGGACAAGAGACAGCUGAGCUCAUGGGGCCUGCCAGAACCUGUGCUGGAGGCAUACCGAGGUCAAGGGGUCACCGUUAUGUUUGAGUGGCAGGCAGAGUGUUUGCUCACUGGGAAUGCUCUAGAAGGGGGUAACCUAAUCUACUCGGCUCCGACUAGCGCUGGCAAAACUCUAGUAGCGGAGCUCCUGAUGCUGAAGCGAGUUGUGGAAACCAAGAAAAAAGCAUUGAUUAUCCUCCCCUUUGUGUCCGUUGCUCGAGAGAAAAUGUACUCCCUGCAGAGCCUGUUUCAGGAUGCAGGUAUCAAGGUUGGUGGCUACAUGGGCAGCUACUCUCCAGCUGGUGGAUUGUCCAAUGUGGACAUUGCUGUCUGCACCAUUGAGAAGGGCAACGGUUUAAUCAACAGGCUCAUGGGGGAGAGUAAACUAAACGAUCUUGGUGCUGUGGUGGUGGAUGAGCUUCACAUGGUGGGAGACGCACACAGAGGUUACCUACUGGAGCUUUUGCUAACCAAACUGGCCUUUGUCACUCGGCAGACCGAUGAGGUUUCACAAGGCAGUCACAUACAGAUCAUCGGGAUGAGCGCAACGCUACCCAACCUCCCUCUCCUGGCGAAAUGGCUGAACGCGUCGCUGUACCACACAGACUUCCGCCCCAUCCCGCUCAGCGAGCACAUCAAAGUGGACAACAAAAUCUUGGACAGCUGGCUGGUCGUCCAGCGAGAGAUCCCGCCAGCUCUGGUGUUUCCGGACGAUGCAGACCAUGUCUUGUCUCUGUGUCUGGAGACGGUGUUGGGCAAUCACGGCGUCCUGGUGUUCUGCCCCACCAAAAACUGGUGCGAGAAGCUGUGCGAGUUUGUGGCUCGCAAUUUUUACAGCCUUACACAUAAUGUAGCCGGGCGACCAGAGGCUGAUGAGCAGAGGAAGGACGGUGAGCCAGCUGAUGGUGCAAAGCUCACCCUGGACAGAGCCGGGCUGAAGGAGACAGUGGAGCAGCUCCGUCGUACGCCUGUGGGUGUGGACCCCAUGCUGGGCCGAUGUGUUCUCAAUGGAGUGGCCUAUCAUCAUGCCGGACUUACUUUUGAUGAACGUGACAUCAUCGAAGGUGCUUUUCGACAAGGCCACCUGAAGGUUUUGAUUGCCACAUCCACCUUGUCCUCUGGAGUGAACUUACCGGCUCGUCGAGUCAUCAUUCGGACACCGAUCUUUCAUGGAGCUGUCCUGGAUAUCUUGACCUACAAGCAAAUGUCUGGUCGGGCUGGCAGGAAAGGAGUUGAUGUUGAAGGGGAGAGUGUCCUGAUUUGCAAGCCGGCUGAGAAGCUGAAAGGUCAAAAGUUACUGACCUCCGACCUGUCUCCUGUUGUCAGUUGUCUUCACUUUGACCCUGAGGAUGGUUUGAGCUCUCGGUUAAAGAGAGCUAUUUUAGAGGUUGUGGUGAGUGGCGUUGCGGCCAGCCCUGAGGCGGUGAUGGACUACGUCAGAUGUACCCUUCUCUCCGCCUCUAUGUCCACUCAGGAGACGGAGGACCAGAGCUCGGCUCUGCUGGAGAGUUGUGUCCAGUUUCUGCAGGAGAAUGAGUUUGUCAGUGUGCAGGUUGUGGAGGGUGCGGAUGGGCCGGUGCAAAAGUUCCUUCCAACACAGCUUGGUUCAGCUAUUCUGGCCUCCUCUUUGUCCCCCGAUGAAGGUUUGCUGGUGUUUGCUGAGCUGCAGAAAGCCCGGAGAUGCUUUGUCCUCGACACGGAGCUUCACAUUAUAUAUUUGGUAACCCCUGUCUACACGACCGAUGUGUCCACGACCUUGGACUGGUACCACUAUUACUCUCUGUGGGAGUCCUUGACCCCCGCUGACCGCCGAGUAGCCGAGCUGGUAGGCGUGACCGAGUCGUUCAUCGCACGAGCCAUCAGGGGCAGGGUUGGGCAGAAGACGGAGAGUCAGAGGAAAGCUCUGGCUGUGCAUCGGAGAUUUUACACUGCUCUCAUUUUGAAUUCUCUGAUUCAGGAGACUCCCCUGAUGGAAGUUGCAGAAAAGUUCAGUUGCAGCAAAGGCCAGCUUCAGUCACUGCAGCAGUCUGCCGCAACAUAUGCUGGUAUGGUGACUGUGUUCUGUGGACGUCUGGGCUGGCACCACUUGGAGCUCCUCCUGUCCAGGUUCCAGCCUCGUCUGUCGUGCGGUGUGCAGCAGGAGCUGGUUGACCUAGUGCGCGUCUCAGCGCUGAACGCAACCAGCGCCCGCAUGCUGUACAACGCAGGGUACCACACCGUCGCAGAUCUCGCUCGGGCAGAGGACCUUGACAUUGAAGAUACACUGAAGAAAGCUGUGCCUUUCCAGAGUGAGAAGCGACAAGAUGGAGAGACAGACUGGGAGCUACAGGAGCGGCGACGAGCGCGGUGUAUUUGGCUGACCGGCAGGAAGGGGGUCACAGAGCUGGAGGCCGCCCAGGCUAUCAUAAAUGAGGCCAAGGCCAUUGUGCAGGGUGACCUAGGGGUCAAGGACAUUGACUGGGCUCAAAAGGUUGAGGAUAAGGAUGGUGUUGAGAUGAGUGAUGAGGAUUUGUCGGAGAGAAAUGUUGAUGGUCUGAAAGAGAAUGAUGGCGAAGAUGUUACUAUGGAUGGAGAGAGUGCAGGGGCCAGGGAGGACCAGGACAGUGGCGUGACGAGUCGUGAUGACAAGAGAGUCGGGAAAAGUUUUGAAGAUGACUCUAUCGAAGCUCCAGUUUUGGAACAUGGUGGACUGAAAAAUGGUAGAGUUCAAUGUGACGUCCAUGUGUCUACUGGGAGGAGAGAACUGACACAGAGGGAUAACCAGAAUCCUGUUGAUAAUGAGUUUCGUAAAACAGAAAGAUCGGACUGUGUACAAACUCGUUCUCCUCCAGUCCUGUUAAAAGAAAAAGAAAAAUUUAUUGGGCAAGAUAUGAUGAAAGAUGUAGUGAGGGAGAGUGGAAGGAAACAGAGACAAAAGCAUGGGAGUGGUGGAGAAGGUGACGUCAGUCCACGUCUGCAGGUAAGCCACAAUUUAAAUAUGACAAGACGAACUCAGCGGCGAAGGUCAGACAAGCGUCGGAGUCUUGAAAGGUCAUUCUUUGGUCAAGUUGUGGUGAGCCCACCCCCUGGUGUUGUGACAAAGACGCCACCAUCAUCGUCAGGCCCUACAGAACCCCAGAACUGUCAAGGCAGGACAUUUAAAGAAUCAGAGAACAGGGAAAGGAAAACAAGAAACCUGACAGAUAUAACUGUACUUGAGACUAAAGCAGUGGAAGGUAAUUCAGUUACUGGUAAUAGAUUGGCGUCUGAAAGAGAUGCCUCUAUUGUAUUGAGUGAUCAAAACAGAGAACAGAGAGGAAAUAUAAGUGUUGACUGUGAUGCUGAAAAUUCGUUUGCUAUUAAUAGCUCCAUCUGUAACGAUGAAUCAGCUUUCAACGAUAGCUUUGUUCUGGACACUCAGACAGUUGAGCUCAUCAACAGAGGAUGUACUGCCGCAAACACACAAAAAAGUCAGCGGACUAGCAACCGUGGUGGUGGAAGUUCUGAGCCGCAAGAGGUGUUGGCUAAGAGCAUGUCGUCUCCAAGUCAAAUGAAUGACGUAAACGAAAAGACCAAUUAUCUCCAUGACGAUCUGAAGAAGUCUUCUGGGAAUUAUAAUGGUGUUGCUUGUGAUGGGAAGGUUAAUGAUCUGGAUACAGGGGACUGUAUUACUCCAUGCAGACAGAGUCAUGACAACAGUGAUGCUGUAUUGUCUGAACCUCUCUUCAACUCUGAUGAACGACUUAGUACACAGGCUCACAAAGUGAGCACGAACCCUCCAGAACCUUUCUCUUCCAUCCUUUGUGACAUUGAGCAGGAUGAUGGAGUGAAGAAAUUAGUGGUUGAUUGUGGUGAAGAAAGCCACCGUCGGAGUGCUGGUGAUGACAGUACGAGUGGUUGCAGCUCCCUGAUUGCGGCAAGUAACUACGAGAGACUGGAACAGUUUGAUGAAGGUUUGAUGGAUGGCUCGUCUUUGGGUGAAGAAGAUUUUGGUAGGUCACAUUUUGAUCAAAAUCUUAAUUUAGAUGAAGCUCUGACAUCAUCUGCAGGACUUGACCAAACUGGUGUCAUUGAAGAAGAUGAUGCUAUUGAGAAAACUAAUAACAAAGAUAAUGCAGGUAUUCAUGGUAAAACAAGGGUUUCUCCGUUCACUUCAGAUUUGCAGGAGAAUGAAGAACUUUUGCUAGCGGCUCUCGGGGACUCUUUCUCUGAGUCACUAACAGCAGCCGGCAUAGAUCCCGGUGUGUCUCCAGUGCUUGGCAAACUUUGCUCAGGUUUGGUCACAAAAGAUGCUGGUAUUUCUGUGCCGACAAACUCUACUCCCAACAUUCCUGAGAGAGCGAGGAGACUGGUGGGUAAAACGCUCACACAGACGCAGAAACGCAUGCGUGAACUGACGCAAAAACUGACUCAAGAAGCCCCUAAAUUGGAGGAUGAUAAAAAGCCACAUUUCUCUGGCACAUCUGUCAUGGUGAACGCAAAUAAAAAACAAGGAAUUUUAGAGAAAAAAGAGUGUUAUGCCACUGCUGGCUAUUAUUUGGCUAAAGGUCCUGGUCCUAUCAAAAGUAAAGGAACAUUUCAGAGUCAUGGUUUGGAAGAAGGUGACUCUACAAGAAAUGGAAAGUUGUUAUCAACAAAUGGUUCUAAGACUACCCAAAGUUCUGCUUCUCAUGGAAAUGUUCCUGUAAAUUCUGACGAGUGUUUUCCAGACUCCUUCAGUUCGUCCUUGAUGGACAAGCUUAUGAGAGAGUGUGAAACUUUACCACAGUCCUCUUGCAGAGAUAAGUCUCAGAAUUUGAGGACAAAUAAGAUCCAUCUCCUUGGAGAGAGACCACAAGGGACAGAACAAAGUGAUGUAGUUGCUGCUGCUAGUAGUAAACCUUCGUCCAACAAUUCCUCACGCAACGAUGGAAGUGACUGUGUCCCCCCGACACCUCCGGAAGAAACAUCUAGUUUUGCUUCUCCCCUCAAGAUGGCUGCUAACUCUCCACUUCGGGUCAAGGACUCUGGUAGAAAAAUGACCUCCCCUUUUGUAAAGUUAAUGUCAAAGGGAAAGAAUGGGGAAAAUUCUGGUCAAAGUGCAAAAAAAGUUGACAGUGCAGUCGUAAUACAGAACCAAAGGGAGAAAUUCACUGUCUUGAAAGACAAAAAGUGUAAAAAAUCUUUACAAACAGGUUUAAUUGAAAAAGUUGCUGAAGUUACUGGUAAAGUCACAGACAAUCACCUGCUUGAAGGCUUAGAGGACAAUUCUUCCAUUGGGACAAGGACCUUGCACAAAGCCAUUUCUUCUGUUGCGGACUAUUCCGGAGAAGGAAUAGAAGUCAUGUCUGAUGAGGAAAUGACAUCAUUGCAUGGUGAUGAGGAGGAGGAGGAAGGAAUGGAUGGGCUCGGUCAGUCGCUGGUCGCGUCUCAGCUGCUGACUCAGCAGUCUUUCACCAUCAUGGAUGUGUGUGCGGACCAGCGUUUGUUUGACUCGUUCCUGGCUGAGUGGAGAGCUCAGCCGUGCUACAGCCUUGCUGUUGCUUGUGAGAGGAAGCCCUCAGCCAAGAAGGGCACUCGAUCUGCUUCAGGAAUUGGCAGCAAGUUCAUGAAAAGGAAAUCGUCCCCAUCCCUGACAGACAGUCCUUCAGCUUUGGGUCUCCUGGUGCCUGACACAGACUCUAUGCUGGUGGGUGUGGCCGUGACCUGGGGCAGCAGAGAUGCCUACUUCUUGUCAUUGAUGCCCACAGGCUUUGUAGCUGACAUUGACCCAGAUGACACGCUUGCUGAACCCCCACUGGACGAGACUCUGACGCAGGAGAUUCGAUUACAGGCAUUGGCGGCUGUCUUACAAGAACAUGCAGACUCAGGCCAGCACACCGUUGGCGUGUUCGAUGCCAAGAGUGUGUACGUUCUUCUGGCCAGAACACUUGGCAGUGGCCUCCCGUCCUGUGAGGACCCGCGGGUCGCUGACUGGCUGAGACAGCCCGGUGGACGACUCAAGAAUCUGCACAGAAUGGUGACCAGCUACAUCCCAGCGGAACUGCCAUUGCUUGACGCGGUUGGUGGAGUGACUGGUCUCCUCAGUCUUAGUUGUGACGUGCGGAGUGGAGUAGGCGGCCGGUUGCGUGCGUGUACUGAGAGUGUGCUCACCCUGAAGCUCAUGGGAUACUUCCAGGAGAUGUUGGCUGAGGAACAACUGCUGGAGGCCUUCAGGACGGUGGAGAUGCCCGCAGUGGUCACCCUGGCCCGCAUGGAGCUCAAUGGGUUUGGUGUGAGUGAGGAGCAAUUUGAGAGCCAGAAGUCUGUCAUGAUGUCCAAGCUGACGUUUUUGGAGGAGCGAGCGUACCAACUGGCCGGACAUGUCUUCUCCCUCACAUCCACUGAUGAUAUAGCAAAGAUACUCUACAUUGAACUCCGGCUUCCUCUGAACGGCGACCCAAACGCCGUCGCACGCCUGCCCACCAGAGGGCGUGGGAAACGCACCACAGUGGGCAGCACCAGCAAGGAAGUCCUCGAGAAGCUGAGCUCCCACCACCAGCUGCCUGCCGUCAUCCUUGAGUGGCGUCGGCUCAGCUCUGCCCUCACCAAGUCCCUGCUGGCCUUACAGCGCGAGGCCAAACCCUGUGCCAGGCUGGACAUGCCCAGAGUCUUUUCCGAUUGCCAGAUUUUCUCUGCUACUGGUCGAGUCAGUAUUGCCGAGCCUAACUUGCAGAACAUUCCAAAGGAUUUUGCUAUCAGUUUGCCAGGUCUGGAUGGUCAGGAGCAAAAUGAACCUGGAGAUUCAAAGGCCGUGACAGAGGGAUUGCCUGUCAGCAUGAGGAAAAUAUUUGUUCCAUUCAGAGGUGCAGUGAUUGUCGCAGCAGACUACUCGCAGCUGGAGCUGAGGAUCAUCUGUCACCUGUCCGGCGAUACCCGGUUGGCCUCUGUUCUCAACACCCGGGACGGGGACGUCUUCAAGAUCAUAGCCAGUCAGAUGAAGAGCGUGAACGUAGAUGAGGUCACUCCCGAUCAACGGGCACAAGCCAAACAGGUCUGCUAUGGCAUGCUGUACGGCAUCGGGCCCAAAGCUCUGGGUGAACAGCUUGGAGUGGAUGUCAACGAGGCUUCUGUCUUUAUGGAGACUUUCAAGGCCAGAUAUCCUGGUGUGCGGCGAUACCUGCGGGACACGGUAACAUUUUGCCAGAAGAAUGGCUUUGUGAAGACAAUGUUCAAUAGAAGGCGGUAUCUGCCCUCCAUCAAACACAGCAACCCUAACGUCAGGGCUCAUGCAGAGCGUCAAGCGGUCAACACGACAAUCCAGGGCUCGGCUGCUGACCUUGUCAAGAUUGCUAUGACCAACAUCGAUAAGAGACUAAUGGAACUGUUUCCUGCUUCGCGGGUUGCACAUUCUCAGGCCACUUCUCAUGGUGUUCCUGUGAGGACCGAGGCUCUGAAAGGCGGUGGGGCAUAUCUGGUUCUUCAGCUGCACGAUGAGCUCAUCUAUGAAGUGACCACUGGUCAUCUGAUGACAGUGGCCGGACUCAUAAAGCACCAGAUGGAGAAAGCCAUCACACUCAAUGUCCAGCUCCCAGUCAAAGUCCGAGCGGGACCGAGCUGGGCAGAGGUGCAAGAUCUGGAUAUUGUCUAGUCGUCAGUUUUUGUCUGACUGUCUUUAAAGAAGUGAAUGUCUUUCAGGGUUGCUAGGUAGACCGUACAUUGGACAACAUUAGACAGUGCAUCUUUAUU